AUGCCUCCCAUGCGUCACUCGUCGAAGCGCAAGCCGCCCCCAGAAGGCUUCAGCGACAUUGAAGACCAGCUCCUCAUCUUCCAAAACAAGAUGAAGGACGCGCAGAACAAGCCGCCGCCGACGGGCCCGAAGCACCAGGCGCAGUGGGAGAUCUUUCAGAUCGCACACACGCGAAGCCGCUACGUGUACGACAUGUACUACGAAAAGGAGGCCAUCAGCAAGCAGCUGUACGAGUGGCUGCUCAAGAACGGGUACGCAGACGCGAUGCUCAUUGCCAAGUGGAAGAAGCAGGGCUACGAGAAGCUUUGCUGCCUGCGCUGCGUCCAGACCAAGGAGACCAACUUCAACUCGACGUGCGUAUGCAGAGUUCCCAAGGCCCAGCUCAAGGGGGACCAGGAGGUGCAGUGCGUCAACUGCGGAUGCCACGGCUGCGCUUCGAGUGAUUAG